AUGGGGGAUAAUAUACAGAUAGACAUGCAAAAUCUCAAUUUGGGGGCUGAGGAUCCGCCAAUUCAAUUACCGGUGCAAGUAGUCAAUGAAGCAGCGGCUGAGAAUCGAUUCGUGCUAAUUGGAAGACCGGUGAUGCCUCACAGACAGAACAUUCGAUCAAUCAUUGCAAUUCUUCCCAGAAACUGGGGACAUAAAGGCGUUUACGGGAGAAUGAUUGAGGGUGGACAGUUCCAGUUUGUCUUUCCUUCAGAGGAGUCCAUGGAGAUGGUGUUACGUCGUGGUCCUUGGGCUUUUGCUGAUCGUAUGCUGAUCAUUGAGAGAUGGACUGCGUCUUUCAAUCCACUGAUGCUCAACUUCAUUCUUUUCAGGAUUCAGAUCCGUGGAAUCCCAUUCUAA